CGCGGCGUGUGUCGGAGGUACAAGCUUUGAGUCUCGCGUCGCGCGGUGUAACGCACGCUCCUGUGCUCAGGUGACAGCUCAGCGAUAACACAACGCAAACUGAACGUCGGGACUCGACUGCCCGGCGUCUCUUACGUCCUCUACUGCGUCGCAAAGUGAAUUUCCGAAAGAUUUUCAUUUAUUUUUCCAGCGCUUCCAAGAAAAAAAGGAUUUACUUAUCUACGCUUUUUUCCCUGGUUUGACCAACAAUGCCAGCUGACACUAUGGAAAAGCAGACGGCAUCCCCUAUUGCCGGUGCUCCUGCAAACGGAUCACACACACCGGACAAACCGAAAAAUGCCAGCGAGCAUAGAAAGUCAUCCAAACCCAUCAUGGAAAAACGCCGGAGAGCAAGAAUUAACGAGAGCCUCGGGCAGCUCAAGACACUCAUCCUGGACGCACUUAAAAAAGAUAGCUCCAGACACUCCAAGUUGGAAAAAGCAGACAUCCUGGAGAUGACAGUGAAGCACUUGAGGAACCUGCAGCGCGUGCAGAUGAGCGCAGCGCUCUCAGCAGAUACCACCGUCCUGGGUAAAUACAGAGCCGGAUUCAACGAGUGCAUGAACGAGGUCACCCGCUUCCUGUCCACCUCCGAGGGGGUGAACACCGAGGUGAGGUCGAGGCUCCUCAACCACCUGUCCAACUGCAUGGGCCAGAUGAUGUCCCUGAACUACCCGCAGCAGGCCCCGUCCCAGCAGGCGCACCUGGCUCAGCCUCUGCACGUGCAGCUCCCAUCCACCCUGCCCAUCAGCGGUGCCGCUGUGGGCUCCAAGCUCAGCCCAGCGGAGGGAGUCUCCCCGAAGGUGUUCGGCGGGUUCCAGCUGGUGCCCGCGACCGACGGACAGUUCGCCUUUUUGAUCCCCAACCCGGCCUUCGCUCCGGCCACGGCCCCCGUCAUCCCGCUUUACGCAAACGCAGGAGUGCCCGUGGCGGUUAACGCCAGCCCGGUGCACGGCAGCUCGGCACCGACCGCAGCGUCUCCGGUUCACGGGAUGACGUCCUUCUCCGGGGGGUCCCAGCAGGCGGUCAGCCCCGUGGGGGUCAGCACCGGCUCGGAGAGCGGCGAGGCCGUGUGGAGGCCGUGGUAGCUUAAGGGACAAGGAGAGACUCGUGUGAAACCAGUUUGCAUUAUUUUUCCAGUUUUUAGACAUUUAACUGACUGCACACACAACUGAUGCGGGGGUUUGAACCUGUGACUUUUCCGCUGUGGAAUGGUAACUCUAACCACUUAAUAUAACCCCCUCCAGUAGUUCACAUUGUUUCGUUUUAUGGAACAGGGGUUGCCUUAUGUGGCAGAUAUAGUUUUUAUAAUUUAUUGUCUGAUACCAACAUUUGGAUGUCGGUGAUAAACAUGCUGUACAUGCAGAAGAAUUAUAGGAGAUGUUUUGUUAUGAAGUACUUUUUAUGAAAAGGUUUUAGUUUUGUACAGAGUUGUUAUGAAUUGUUAUACCAAAGCUGUGUUUUAUAUUCUUUGUUGUUUUGUGUUGGAAAGAAAAAAAACUGAAGUUGGGUGAUGGCCCGUUGUUUUAAUAAAUGACUUUACAGAAAUGAA